AUUGUAUUUCUCCCACAAAUAAAGUUUUCUUAUUUUGAAUCGUCACGUCCACUUCCGGUGACAAUAUGGCGGAUUAUGAUCUUACCACCAAAAUCGCAAACUUUCUGGACCGGCAUCUGGUUUUUCCUCUGCUGGAAUUCCUUUCAGUAAAAGAGAUCUACAAUGAGCAUGAGCUCCUCCAUGGAAAGCUGGAUCUCCUCAGUGACACCAACAUGGUGGACUUCGCCAUGGAUGUUUACAGGAACUUAUUUCCGGACAAAGAAAUACCCAACUCUCUCAGAGAGAAAAGGUACGAGGUUGUGGGCCAGUUGAAGCAACUGCAAGCUGACACAGAGCCAAUUGUAAAGGUGUUUGAAGACCCAGAGACCACCAGGCAGAUGCAGUCAACCAGGGAUGGGCGUAUGCUGUUCGACUAUCUUGCAGAAAAGCAUGGUUUCCGCCAGGAGUACUUGGACACCUUGUACCGAUACGCCAAAUUCCAGUACGAGUGUGGGAACUACUCGGGUGCAGCGGAGUACCUCUACUUCUUCAGAGUCUUGGUUCCAUCCACCGACAGGAACGCGCUGAACUCUCUGUGGGGCAAACUGGCCUCCGAGAUCCUGAUGCAAAACUGGGAAGCUGCCAUGGAGGACCUCACCCGCCUGAGGGAGACUAUCGAUAACAAUACGGUAAGUUCUCCUCUCCAGUCUCUCCAGCAAAGGACUUGGCUGAUCCACUGGUCUCUGUUUGUGUUCUUCAACCACCCGAAGGGCAGAGACAACAUCAUUGAGCUUUUCCUCUACCAGCCACAGUACCUCAAUGCCAUUCAGACCAUGUGUCCACACAUACUGCGCUAUCUGACCACAGCUGUCAUCACCAACAAGGACGUCCGCAAGCGUAGGCAGGUGCUAAAGGAUUUGGUGAAAGUCAUCCAGCAGGAGUCAUAUACAUACAAAGAUCCUAUCACCGAGUUUGUGGAGUGCCUGUAUGUAAACUUUGACUUUGAUAGUGCACAGAAGAAGCUGAGAGAGUGUGAGGCGGUGCUGGUGAAUGACUUUUUCUUGGUGGCGUGCCUCGAGGACUUUAUCGAAAACGCUCGUCUGUUCAUCUUCGAGACCUUCUGCAGAAUUCACCAGUGCAUCAGUAUAAGCAUGCUGGCGGAUAAGCUGAAUAUGACUCCCGAGGAUGCGGAAAGAUGGAUCGUGAACCUCAUUCGCAACGCCAGGCUAGACGCCAAGAUCGACUCCAAACUGGGUCAUGUUGUGAUGGGCAACAACGCUGUUUCGCCAUACCAGCAGGUGAUCGAGAAAACCAAGAGCCUUUCGUUCCGCAGUCAAAUGUUGGCCAUGAACAUCGAGAAGAAGCUGAGCAAUGCUAACAGGAAUGAGACCCCAAACUGGGCAGGUCAAGAAACUGGCUUUUGAGUGGCGUUUUGUGGACCGUACACUUCCAUCUCGCUUUCCAGCGUUCCCAUACUGCGGCUGAACUCGCUGCUUGCUCCGUCUCUUGUCCUUCAAAGGAGAGAAAGAGAGAGAGAGGGAGAGAGCAAGAGAUCUUGUUUUUGCACUUGGGUUCAACGCAUCUGGUAUUAAAUAAAAAACCCUUACAAAACCA